UUUUAUUCGAUAUUUGCAUCGAUUUUCGGUAGUGUACGAAAACAUGUGUCCUUUUCGAAUCGUGAUCGAUUUUAACAGUGUUUUGUGUGUUGUGUUGUGGUUUAUUUCAUUUAAAUAAAUGAUAAUCUCACAAAAUAAGCCGUCAACAUUUAAAGUAUUAACACAAAAAUAUAGAAAAGGAUGGCAUCGAUUUAUAUACCAGUGAAUCCUUCAAUCAUACAAUUUAAUACAAAGUGAUCACCUGUCACUUUUGACACACAAAAAAAAAUGGUGAGAUAAAAAUGGUUUGAAUAGUGAUAUAAAAAUUGAGAGAUUCUUUAAAGUGAAAAAUACGUUGAGCAAAAAAAAGGUGGUAAAAAUGCUGGGUGUAAAAGAAAACAUGUAUUGGCAGUAUUUUUUUGUGUUUGUUAGUUUGCAUGCAAUCGUUUAUUGUGAAAAUUUACAGUCCGAUGAUGAGUUUGAAAAUGAUCAAGUGAUGUUAGAAGGUCGCAAAGUGAAUAACCAUUAUCAGCAAAGCAAUGUGCAACAAAAUUAUUACCGAUUUUUAUCCGAUGAACCAUCGAAUGCGGAGUCAAUCCCAUUCGAUGCGGUCGAUCGAAAAUAUGUGCGUCGAACAAACUUUCGACGUCGUAAAAUGGGUAGCAGUACCAAUAAAAAAACCAUAUUUCUCCGAGGUCAACGUCGUCGUCAUAACAAAAAUGGAUUUCAAGCGGUGUCUGACAUGGAUUACAUGCCAUCCGAUGCUGAUAAUAAUAAAGACAAUGAUGAGGAGAGCACCGAUGUUGGCCUAUGGCCGCCCGUUUUGAAUGUUGCACCAAGAGCCAUUCUGCAUGCCAAUGGAACGUGUGGUCAAUAUCAUCGUGAAGAAUUUUGUCACACAAUCGAUGCCCAUCCCCAACGGCAACGUAAACCAAAAUGCAGUGUAUGCGAUUCACAUGAUGGUGAUCGACGACAUCCGAUCGAGUACGUAAUUGAUGGAUCACAAAAAUGGUGGCAAAGUCCAACUCUAAAUAGCGGCGCAGAAAAUGAAUACAUUACCAUUACGGUGGACUUGAAACAGAACUAUCAAGUGAUAUUUGUAUCAUUCAAAGCGGCUGUAUCUCCGCGACCUGCAUCAUGGAUACUGGAACGUUCAUUUGAUGGUGUUGAAUUCUUUCCAUGGCAAUACUUUGGUGUGAAUGAUGACGAUUGUCGCAAGCGAUACAAUUUACCCGGUCAAAAUGAACCUUACCAAAUUGAUAGUGACGAUCAAAUCAUCUGUUCAACGCAAUUCUCCAAAGCGGUUCCCUUGGAAAACGGCGAAAUUCAUGUGAAAUUAUUGGAAGGGCGACCGGGAAUUAAGUCAAAAGUAACGCCAACCAAUUUAUUGGACUUUACAUUGGCACGGUAUUUGCGAUUGCGAUUCCAAGGAAUGCAUACAACACUUCAGUCACCAAAUAGCAUUCAGUGGCUCGUCGAUCGUGAUCAGCUGAACAAACGGAGCUUUUACUCGUUGCGUUAUAUUAAAAUUGGUGCACGUCUCGAUUGCAGUGGGCAUGCGCUACGCGCUAAACAAUAUAACGAUGAUGAGAUAACUGAAUGUGAUUGUGCUCACAAUACAUGCGGAAUAAAUUGCGAAAAAUGUUGCCCGUUGUACAAUCAAAAACCGUACAAACAAGGCACAGCAACUGAUAGCAAUAAGUGCGAAAAAUGUGAGUGCUAUGGACAUUCCAGUGAAUGCUAUUACAAUCCAGAGGUCGAUCAGCGAGGCUUGAGUAUUAACACAGAUGGCGUUUAUAGUGGUGGCGGUGUUUGUCUCAACUGUACAGAUUUAACCACUGGAAUUAAUUGUGAGAAAUGCAUCAACAACUAUUAUCGACCGUAUGGUGUGUCGCCAAAUGUUAAACAACCGUGUAUUCCAUGUGAAUGUAAUCCCAUCGGUACGAUUGGAACUUGUGCAGGUAUCGGCGGGACUUGUACGUGUAAGCCCGGCUUUGCUGGUCCCAAGUGCGAUGAAUGUUUACCGGGAUAUAGUGGAAUAAAUUGCACACAAUGUCCAUGUGAUACGCGCGGCACUAUGCCUGGAGGUGUAUGUGAAACACACUGCCAAUGCAAACUCUAUGCUGAAGGAGAGCUCUGCGAUAGAUGUACACCUGGUUACUUUGGAUUAUCGCAGUCAAAUCCAGAAGGAUGUACAAAGUGCUACUGUUCCGGAGUGGGAAAUAUAUGUGAAAGCAGUAACAUUGUAACCAAUACGUAUGAAACGCUUGAAGAUUGGAAAAUAACGGAUAUUUCACGAUCAUACUUAUUGCACCCAUCCAAAGAUAACGAAACCGGAUUUUUGGUAUUCAACAUGUAUGAAAUGUAUGAAUCGAUUUAUUGGCUUGCGCCUGAUUUGUAUUGCGGCAAUAAACUACAGAGUUAUGGAUCCAGUUUUGUUUUUACAAUUUCAUGGAUUGUUGUUCGUGGUGACACAAGUGGCAAACCGACAUUCUGUCCCACAAUGAUUAUAAUCGGUGCGAAUGGUAUGAAAAUUGCCUACGGUGACACAAUAUUUUCGGAAACAAAUUCGACCAUGUCAAUCCAAUUAACCGAACAUGAAUGGUAUCAAAUACCACAAACAAUGGAUAACACAGGACGACUUCAACAAAAUGAAUACCGCGGUGAUUAUGUGUCUCGAUCGCAAUUUCUGUCGGUUUUGAGUAAUAUUGAAAGUGUUAUGCUGCGAGGAUCAUUCCACACAGAUCAAGCGGAAAGUGUUUUGAUUCGUGCUUCACUGGAGUUUGGUAAAGGCAGCAAAAACGAAGUGCCCUCAAAUUUGGUGGAACAAUGUGUGUGUCCACAGGGAUACAUCGGUUUAUCGUGUGAAACGUGUGAUUUCGGCUAUGUCAGAGCCUAUGAAAAUACAACUUCGGAACACCUGGGCAUUUGUCUGCCAUGCUCUUGCAAUGGACAUGCUGAAUCAUGUGAUUUAACGUCUAAUAAAUGUAGCCAAUGUACACAUAACACUACCGGAUCAAGAUGUGAAUCUUGUGCGGUGGGCUAUUAUGGAAAUGCCAAAUUGGGUACACCACACGAUUGUAAACGAUGCGCUUGUCCAUUAAUCAACGACGAAAAUAAUUUCUCACCAACGUGCCAAUUUAGAGACUCUAGUUAUGAACAACAAAACGAAGUCAUUAGCGAUUAUAGUUUGAUUUCAUAUCAAAAUAAUGAUAAUUAUAUUUGCACCAAAUGCCCGGAAGGAUAUGUUGGAGAUCAUUGCGAAAGCUGUGCCGAUGGAUACUACGGUAUUCCAACGAAAGUAUCAUCGAAAUGCUUGAAAUGCCCAUGCAAUGGGGGACCGUGUGAUCCGAUCACAGGCAAAUGCAUCACUUGCCAAGGAAACACCGAAGGAUGGCGAUGCGAACAAUGUAAAUCGGGCUACUUUGGAAAUCCAGCAAAAGGCUGUGAACUGUGCCGGUGCCAAAGUGAUGGAUCCGAAAACACCGAUUGCGACAGAGAAAGUGGCCAAUGUAAAUGCAAAGCGAAUUAUGAUGGAUAUCAGUGCGAUGGAUGUGCGUUUGGAUACGCAAACAUUAGUCUUGGUUGUCCGUCAUGCAGUUGCAAUGGUAGCGGUGCGAUUGAAAAUUUCUGCGAUACCCAUACUGGCCAAUGUCCGUGUAAAAUGGGUGUCGAAGGAUUGCAGUGUGAUGAAUGUAUGGAUGGUUUCUACGGUCUUUCAACGGACGGAUGUCAAGAAUGCCACUGCAAUCCGCUGGGCUCUGUUGCGCAAAAUUGUAAUAAACAUAAUGGACAAUGCUUCUGUCGAGAGAAUGUAACAGGUCGAACAUGUGAUAAAUGCUCGGAAGGAUUUUGGAAUCUUGAAUCGGGUAAAGGCUGUCAAAGUUGUGCCUGCAAUGCCAUCGGUAGCGUCAAUUUCAGUUGUAAUGCAUAUACCGGUCAAUGUGUUUGCAAAGUCGGCGUUGGUGGUCCAAUGUGUGACUCUUGCCUCGAAGGUUUUUAUGGACUCUCAGCGACUGGAUGUAAACAUUGCGAUGAAUGUUCAAAUUCAGCAUACAAUUGCGAUCCAGAAUCGGGUCGAUGCAUUUGUCCACCGCACAGUAAAGGAAUCGAUUGCAAUCAGUGUAUGCCAAAUUCAUAUGGAUGGGAGCACAAGAAAGGAUGCAAAUUAUGUGAAUGUGAUCACACCGGAUCGAUUGGACAAUCGUGUGAUGUGUACACCGGCCAGUGUAUGUGUCGUGAAGGGUUCACUGGACGUGAAUGCAAUCGAUGCUCGAUUGGAUACUUUGGCUAUCCGAACUGUGAAAGAUGUGGAUGCAACCAUGACGGUUCAUUAACGACGAACUAUUCCGAACCAAUUCCAUGCAAUGACGAAGGACAGUGUUCAUGUAAAUCAUUGGUAACCGGUAAAAAAUGUGACCAAUGUAUCGAAUCAACAUUUGGAUUGUCAAAAUACAAUGCAGAUGGAUGCACUAAAUGCUUCUGUUUUGACCGAUCAAAGAAAUGUAUACAGAGUGAUUUUAGUUGGGGAUUGAUACGAGCUAAUGAUGCACGAUGUUUGACCGUUGAAUACCAAAAUAUUGAAUAUGUGGCACUUCAAACACAAGAUAACAGCACGGAAAUUAGCUAUGAAACGAAUUUACAAAUUUUGGACGGUUUGUCUGUCAUUCCUGGCACAAGUGGUAAUAUUUCUAUGAAAUCAUCUCGUGGAUUUGAAACACCACUUUACUUUGAAAUGUCCAAGCAAUUCCUCGGAGAUCAACUGCUGAGCUAUGGUGGUUUAUUCAAGUUUAACAUUGAAAUGAUGGAAUGCAAAACGGAACUGGAUCAAAUAACGCUACAACACUUCCCAUUGAUUCGAAUGCGUUCACAUAAUUCGCUUACAUUGGACUAUUUUGGACCGGAGUCAUUCCAUACCAGUUCAAAUGUCACUGAAACCAUUCGUAUGAUUGAAGAACAUUGGCGAUUGCAUCCCAGCGGUGAAGUGGCAUCACGUGGCAUAUUUAUGACCGCCUUACAAAAUAUCACAUAUAUUUUGAUACGUGGAGCAUCAUCAGUUGCAUUUACAAGUCUAACAUUAUCGAAUGUGACAUUGGAGACGGCAAUUUUCAUAUCGGGAUCGAAAAGUAAUUUGGCGAUCGGUGUUGAAGUGUGUCAAUGUCCAGAGAUGUAUGAAGGAUCAUCAUGUCAAAAUCCAUCUGAUGGAUACUAUCGCCACAAAGAAAGUCAUGUUGAAACAUCUCAUCAGCACUACGAGAACUUCGUUGGAAAGUCGGUACCGUGUGAGUGCCACAGUCGAAGCAAUCAAUGCGACAAAGAGACUGGAUAUUGUAAGAUGUGUGUCAAUAACACGGGCGGUGCCCAGUGCGAACUCUGUGCCGAAGGGUAUUAUGGUGAUCCAAUCGUAUAUGGUUGUCAGUCGUGUCCAUGUCCAGAAACGCAUCGUAAUUUCGCCAAAGGUUGUACAUUCUAUAAUGGUCGAGUUAGUUGCAGUUGUCGUUCGGGCUAUAUUGGUGAUUUAUGCGACUUCUGCGCGCCCGGUUUUUAUGGUUCACCAGAACAAGAGGGUGGAGGUUGUAUUGAUUGCCAAUGUAAUGAACACGGCUCGGUUUCAAUUGAAUGUGAUGCAUUCACUGGUGACUGCAUGUGUAAAGAUGGCAUUAUCGGUACAAAAUGCGAUAAAUGUGCUCAACCUACAUCUAUUUUGGAACCAAAUGGUUGUCAAGUUUGUGAUAAUUGUACGCUGAUACUGCUCGAAAAUUCCAACGACUUGGCUUACUACAUACAAAGUGAAAGUCAGCACAUUGACUUAGACUCAAUACCGGCUCCAUGGUCUCGAUUAUUGUCGUACGAAAAUACAACCGAGCAUUUGGUGAUGAGAUGUAAUGACAUUGAGAAAUCUACAGAAAAACUCGAAAACUACAACGAUCUUCAAAUCGACAAGUUGAGUUCAAAAGGAUCAAAUUUGAAUACGCGUUGGAAAAAUAUGUUGGCGAAAGCGGUGAAACGCAGUCAAAUGUCGGAAAAAUUGAAUAUAAUGUCAGCCACAUUCUGGAAUGAAAUGGAAUACGUUCAAAAUGAAACACAAGCCCAUAUUAAUACGCUCAAUGUUUUCGGAAUUGGCAGCAGUCAUCAUGUGAAUCUUCCAAUUGCACUGGCUGAAUCCGAAGAACUAUUGAAAAGUAUUUUGGGUGUCGUUGACAGCCAUAACGUUGCCAAUCGUGCCCAUCAAUGUGCCAUUAAUUUGAUUGACCAGUGGUCCAAUACGUCAUCAAUUCUCACCGAUCAAAUGGCUGAAGCAACGCAAAUGAAAUACGAUUUAAUUAACGCCAAGAAUCGAUUGUACGAUUUAAUUCAAAAUGUCUAUAAAACUUCCGAUACUACAACAAUGUCGAAGAGUAUUCAUGCGGCCAACGAGAGGAACCUGAUCAAAUUGAUUCAUCAACAUCAGAAAAUUGCACAACUUCAUACCGACAUCAACGAUAUUUUUAAAACGAAUGUUAUUCCAGAAACAGACACCGUGUUUAAUAUGAUUGUCGAUAAUUAUCAGAAACUGCGUCAGGAUCUCGGCACCAUUAUUCAAUUGAAAACAAUUGUUGGCGAAACAAGCUCACAGUCGGCCCAACAACUCAAUGAGAUACGUCAAGAAAUGCUACCGAUGGCCAAGAAUCAUUCGAAUAAUUUGAUGAAUGCCGCACGUGAAUACGUUGGUUUGUUUCAAAAUACGAAAAAUAGUGCAGAAGUUGCAAUGCUUGCAAGUACGGCUUAUAAAAAUAUCACCGACUCGGUAUUAAUGGCGCGUGAUUUAACUGCACGAGCAAAACAAACAGUCAUCGAAUGUGAGAAUGAACUCUAUCCCAAAGAGGGCGAAUCAAUAAUUGAAAAGAGCACAAAAUCGUUGAAAAAAUCGCAAAAAAUUCACCAACACUCAUUGAAAGAAAUGGAAAAAUUGGAAGAUCUGGACUUCUCAUUGAAAUCACAAUGGCGUAAAGUUGACUCAAUCAAAAAUACAAUUUGGCAAACGGGACUGAGAAACAAUAAUCUUUCGCUCACUCUAAAUUCAUUUUCAAAGAAUGACACACAGGAAUUCCUGAAGCGCACAAUUGAGGCGGCCAAAAGAGUGUCAGAACAAAUGCGUGAAGUACGACGCAGUGCGAUUGCAAUUACAGGCAGCGAUAUUUACAAAUUGAAAUUGAAAUUGGCUUCGUUGGAACCACAAUGGGCUGUUAAGUACGGAUUAGCUGAAGAAAACGUAUCACAAUCGAUGAGGAACAUCAAAGAUAUCAAAAAUGUGCUAAGUACUAUUGAGACGACUUCAAGGCGAAACGAUGAAAAAUUCCAAAAAUGGAACCAAACUAUGUCGGUGCUGAUGCAGGAUUUGAAAAAUAAAAUUGCCAAAGCAAGACACAUCGCUGAUGGUAUUCGUGUUUCAUUGGAAUCAAAAUCGGUGAAAUGUGUUCGAUCAUAUACGCUACCAACGUUGGGUCUGUCGACUGCCAACAAUAUAAAGCUAUCAGUGGCAUUGAAUACAAAAUUAGCAACAACACCCAUUCUGUUUAUGCAAGGAGAGGAUAAUCGCUUCUUAGCCAUUGAAAUGGUGAAACGAAAAAUACGUUUUCUUUGGAAUUUGGGUGGCGACACUGUAUCAAUAACACAUCCCAUGGAAUUGCAUAAAAAAGAUUUGAAUUAUGAUGAGGCAUGGUAUCAAAUCGAGGCCAAUCGUACAAUGAACGUUGGCAAUUUGAUUGUGCGUCAAAUGGGUACGGGAUGGAAUAAAGCAUCAACCGUACAAAGUACAUCGUCUCAACCAGAAUCAACACGAAUUUUAUUCACUCCAAAUAAGCGUUUAUGGAUUGGUGGCGUACCAGAUGAAAUUCGACCGCAAGAGCUAUUGGCACAAGAUGCUGGCUUGAAUGCUGUGCUCAGCAAUGUAUAUAUCGAUGAAAAACGAAUUGGUUUGUGGAAUUUCAUGCAUACCGAAGGUGAAUGUGAUGGUGCAACAUUGGGUGCGCGUGAAAUAACCGCCAUCGAUGGUGCACGACAUUUCAAUGGCCAAGGUUAUUCGGUUGUGAGAAAAGAGCGCUCAAAACCGUAUAAGAAAAACUUUUUCGCCCUGCAGCUUACAUUUAAAACUUUGGACGAGAAUGCGCUACUUUUCUUGGCAAUUGACGAAAAAAAUAAUCGGUCCAUAUCGCUUACACUUUAUGAUGGAAAAAUUAUGUUCCGCAUUGAUUAUGGUGGCACAUCGAAGCUGGAGAUUAGCACGGGCAAAAAAUACAAUACGGGACAAUGGACAAGUGUAGAAGUGGCGCGUGAAUUUACAUCAAAACGAAGUACCGAAAAUGGACAAAUGAAAGUGAACAACGAAGAACCGUUGACUGGCGCACCAACAACACCAAUUACAUCGGCUUUGUUGCCGGACUUGUCACGAGCCGUUUAUUAUUUGGGCGGAAUUCCGCCUGAUUUUAAAUCGGCAAUAACAAAAGCACCGGGAGCCGAUUUUGCUUUUCUGGGAUGCAUGAAAGAUAUUCAAAUCAAUGGCGAAACGUACGAUCCACUUGAAACAUCGCUUCGGAAUGGCGUUGAAGCAUCAUGCAGAGAAAGCAUAACACGAGCUGGAUUUUAUGGCAAUGGUUUUCUCGAGCUACCAAAUCAUUCGUUACGCAAGCGAGCAAAUGUUGGAUUCGUAUUUAAGACGUUACGGAGCGAUGCAUUAAUUUUGUUGUCGGUGGUGCCACACCAGGAACUGGCCAAUAACUAUUACGACGAAAAAGAUUUGCGCUCAAAUUAUUCAUUUGCAUUGGUGAACGGUCGCAUUAUAUUUUGGGCCGAUGCUGGUCGUGGCCGAAUCGAACUUAUCUCGAAUAAUACAUUAAACGAUGGUGAAUAUCAUACGGUGAAUGUGCUGAAGUUGGGCCGGAAGUUUGAGUUACGUGUUGAUGAUGAAUAUCAAAUGAGCAAAUCUUUAUCAUCACAACCAUUUGUAAUAAGUAUGAUUGAAGGUUCCGGUGGCUUUUACGUCGGUGGCAUUCCAAAUAUACCGGAAUAUUUGAAUUUACUCGAGCGUGUCGACGCUUUUCAUGGAACGCUCAAAGAUUUCGUUGUGAAUAAUCAAACGAUAUCAUUUGGUGAUUUGGUUAAUGCAACAAAUGUUGAUGUUGGACGCGAUGGACCGAAAAUGGGAAAUCAUGAAAUCUACAAUGAAAUUUUAAUGAAAACAGAACCGAUUAGUAAAAGUUUCACUGCUUCGCCAGAGGGUUGCCAUCGGGUCGGCUCUUAUUCAUACGAACCGAAUGCUUUUAAGUUUGGCGAUACAUCACAGAGUCAUUCUGUCAUAAACAUUGGCAAACAUUUGUGGCAGACAAACUUUGAUAUUCAAUUCGAGUUUCGAACAUUCUAUCCGAAUGGACUGCUAUUUUUCGUACCGGGAGCAAAAGAGAAGCAAAAACACUUUUUUACGUUGACUUUGCGAAAUGGACAGCUUAAUAUUGUGGCACGGGGUAGAAAACGGAUGGAAAAGAUUAUGUCACGUAAGCUAAAUGACGGACACUGGCAUCGAAUCACAUUAAAAUGUGUGAAUAAACUUCUGACAAUCCGGAUCCAAAGCGACGGCAACACGAAUGCCAUCGACGAAGAAGAUUUUAAAAUGCCACGACGUAUCAGCGCAUCGAAUAUGAUGUAUAUCGGUGGCAUUGUAGACAGCAUGCUAUCAUUCUCGGCCGAAUUAUCAUCAAAAUUGGAACAAUUCAAGGGUUGUAUUAGGCGCUUCCUCGUGAAUAAUAUAUCACAGGAUUUGGCUAAACCCGGACGACACUUUGGCAUUGGUCAAUGCUUUCCACAAGUUGAAAAAGGUUCAUUUUUUGCCGGCGAUGCGUAUGCUAUUUACAAACGAAUCUUCCACGUGGGAAAAUACUUGGAAAUCAACUUUGAGUUCCGAACAUCCGAAAUGCAAGGCAUGAUAUUGAGUGUGGCCGAGCCAGUUGGAUUUCCAGCCAUAUCAAUUGAGCUGCACAAAGGAAAGAUCAUCAUGUCUUGUGACUUGGGAGACGGCCAUCCAUUCCGUGUUGAAAGCAAUGUUCCAUCGAAAUACACACUCUGCAAUAAUUAUUGGCACAAUGUAUCUGCAAUCUAUGAUUCAAAUCAAAUUGCAAUCCGUGUCGAUAAUUUACCAUCCGUAAAUAAGCUGAAGCAACAUGAAACAUUGGGCAAAGUGCACACAAAGAGUCCCCUAUAUAUUGGCGGAAUGCCGGAGACGGCACCGAGCGGCACACUUUUAAAUCGUGACAACUUCAAAGGCUGCAUACGAAAUGUGGUCAUUCGAAACGAGCUCAAAGAUUGGACCGAUAUGGACGAAUUGCAAAAUGUAUUACUCAGCGAAUGCUUAAUCAUGUCAUAGAAUGAAAAUUGCAUGUGUUAAAUUUUGCCAUAAUAAUAUUACGAUUAGAGGUUUACAUUAUUUAUCUGCAUUUAGGCCAUAAUAUUAAAUAAGUUAAUAAUUUAAAUAGGUAAUAUAUCAAAUAUACGAAGAAAAUAGCACUA